GUAAGAAACAGCCACCUCCCCAGUCCACCCCACUGACCCACUUCUGUUCUUUGGGUUCCCCUCCUGCUUCCUCGUGGGGUCAAACAGUGGAGUUUGAGCUGCGAAGGGAAAUAAAGAGACUCCAGGAAUACAGAGCAGCAGGAAUCACCAAUUUCUGCAGUGCCAGGACCUACGACCACCUGAAGAAGAGCCGGGACGAGGAGCGGCUGAAGCGCACGAUGCUCUCGGAGGUGCUGCAGUACAUCCAGGACAGCAGCGCCUGCCAGCAGUGGCUCAGCCGCCAGGCAGACAUUGAUUCCGGCCUGACUCCCACGGUACCAGUUCCUUCAACUACAGGUAGGUGUUAGAUGAUGUCUGAUAAAAACCCAUAAUAUCUUUCUGACAGCCUUUUUCUGACUCUCAAGUGCUAAAGUGUCAGU